AUGGCUGGAAAACCCUUGUCACAUGAAAUCAACAACCUUGAGAGAUUGAAUGGGUCGAACUAUGAAACUUGGAAUAUGAAAAUCACACAUGUGUUGAUAUAUGAGAAGAUGGACCAUGUUCUGGAACCAAGACCUGUGAUUGGGGAUGAUGCUACCCUCGCAGAGAUUAAAGCUGCGGAAAAAUGGGCUGAAGAUGACAAAAGAGCCCGAAGCAUGAUCCUCUUGAAGAUGGAAGACCAUCUGAUGAAAGUGUUUAAUAAACACACAACUACCAAAUCUGUAAUGGAAGCUGUAAGGGUCAAGUAUGAUGUGAAAACUGAAACCCACACUCAGCUACUGACUCACAAAUAUAAUAGUUGUAGAAUGACUGAGGGUGAGGAUGUUGUGGAUCAUGUCAACAAAAUGUUGGUUUUGACUCAAGACUUGGCUGAUGCUGGAUCAGAAGUGUCAAAUAACUACCAAGUAUCCACCAUCAUUAACAGUUUGCCCCCUUCUUGGGCAAUGGCACAAACCGCACUGAGAUUCCUGGGGGACAAUCUCACUAUUGAUAAACUUCCCCAACAACUACAAUACUAUCAGCAAUGCAUGAUGACAAAGUCCAUGGGUGAAUUACAUAUAACCCAGUCUAACCCAACUCCGCCAGAGUUUGACCAAGUGGAAACAUUGGCACAUCAGCACCGAUUUCGUCCCAAUGCCAACCAAUUCCGCCCCAACAAUAAUCAGAAUAAGUUCAAAGGGAAAGGAAAAAUGAAGUCUAGGAAUUUUUAA